UAUAGCCAUUUCCGGUGCGGCCCCUCUUGGCGCAGCGAUUCCUGGCACAGCCAUUUCCGGGGCAAUCACUUUUGAUGCAGCUUCUUUAGAGGCAGCCGUUUUCGGUCCAGACACUUUCGGUACAACUACUGCCGAUGCAGCCGUUUCCGGCGCAUCCACUUCCGGUACAGCCCUUCCCGGUGCAGUCCUUCCCGGUGCAGUUCUUCCCGGCACAGUCCUUCCCGGUGCAAACCCUCCCGGUACAGCCCUUCCCGGUACAGUCCUUCCCGGUGCAGUCCCUCCCGGUACAGCCCUUCCUGGUGCAAACCCUCCCGGUACAGCCCUUCCCGGUACAGUCCUUCCCGGUGCAGUCCCUCCCGGUACAGCCCUUCCCGGUGCAGUCCCUCCCGGUACAGCCCUUCCCGGUACAGUUCUUCCCGAUGAAGUCCCUCCCGGUGUAGUCCCUCCCGGUACAGCCCUUCCCGGUGCAGUCCCUCCUGGUACAGCCCUUCCCGUUCCGGUCACGUCCCGUGGAGCCACUUCCGGGCCGAUACCCGACGACAGCAUCUGCAACUGCAGCAAGUGCGAGCGUCUGGAG